AUGACUCAAAACUCUGAAAAAAUAAUUCGAUAUCUGCGAUCUGAUACAACUCCUUUAUCAGAUGAUAAUAUACAAGAUAUCAUUAAUGCCAGAAAUUCGAUGAAACGUGAAUCAGAAGCUAUGGCUAUCAAAUAUAAAAUAUCAACAAGGCGU